AAGCCUUCUCAAAUGGUUUAUUGUCAUAUCUAUCCACAGGUAGUCUCAAAGGAGCCACCAUUGUGGAUGCGCUGGACACGCUCUACAUUAUGGAGAUGUAUGAUGAGUUUGAGGCUGCUACCGAGUGGGUGGAAAGGAACCUGGACUUUAACAUGAAUGCCGAAAUCUCCGUCUUUGAAGUGAACAUCCGUUUUGUUGGAGGCUUGCUGUCCGCCUAUUAUCUCUCAGGCAAAGAGUUCAGAAGAGGCCUGGAAGAAAGAGAGAAGAAAGCAAGAGAAGAAAGAGCAGGCAGAGGUCUCAGGAGGAAGCUGCUCUCAGGCUUUGUGUUUCUAUCCGUCUUUGGUACGUUUGCAGGGCUAUCAGCACUGAGAGACGAGCUGCAGAACACAGGAUGAAGAAAAGCCUUCACAGGCCUCCCCGGACUUCAUCAGAUUGCAGUCUCUUUGUAUAUCCAUGGGCUACAGUAUGUCAGCAAUGGGAAUUCC